UACAGCUCGCGAGGCACUUUGGUCUCCACUGGCCUACCUUCAUCAGAUCUUGGGCUUCGAGGUCGACACGGUGGACACGGUGCAGUUUUCCAACCACACGGGCUACCCAGUCUGGAAAGGACAGGUAACCGACACCGACGACUUCGAGUCAAUUCUGAGUAAUCUCGACACGUCCGUCUACUCGCACGUCAUGACGGGCUACAUAUCGUCGGCAGCACUGCUUGAGCGCGUGCGCGACCUCGUCGCCGAAAUGAAGAAAGCCAAUCCCGAACUGAUCUACGUGUGCGAUCCGGUAAUGGGGGACGACGGUUUCCUCUACGUCCCGGCCGAGUUGGUGCCCAUCUACAAGAGAGACCUACUCCCGAUGGCCGACAUUGUGACGCCAAAUCAGUUCGAAAGCGAGCUCUUAACCGGCAUCACGAUCCGUGACGAAGGGGCAGCGCUCGACGCCAUGGAAGCACUGCACGUGAUGGGCGCCACAUCGGUCGUGAUUACGUCGACUACGGUGGACAACAACGUCAACACGCUGGUAGUCUUCGCCAGUAAGCGCACCGGUGACCGGAUGACUUCGCUGCGCGUGGACGUGACGCGUAUUGACGCUCGCUUCCGCGGAACGGGCGACCUGUUCGCAGCGAUCCUGGUCGGCUGGAUGACCAAGUCGAACAACAACUUGCGCGUCUCCGUUGAGAAGACCGUGUCUACCAUACAAGCAGUGUUGAAGAAGACUUUCAGACAUGCCCAGAACAUGCACGCAGAGUCGGAGCUCAAGUACACCAGCCACGAGUUGGAGCUACGGCUUGUUCAGAGCAAAGACGAGAUAGAGGAGCCACCGCAGAACUUCAAAUCCGUGGCCCUCACCUAAAUUGGCGCUAUACAGUCCACAUUUCCGCUGCAUUGCAAAAGUCGGCUGACGGGACGAAGUACGCCAAUAAACAUGUCA